UUACCUAGGUUCCGUGUUGCUACACGGACUUCAUUUUGUGAAACACAGGAAAAGUUGUCGUUUGCCUUUCAAAAAAAUGGCUGAGUGCAGGUGUUUCUUGUAUUUGAAAGUAUUUACUUUACUUCUUCUCCAUUUAUUACCAGCGGCUGGUGAUAACGUUGAGGCAAAAGCAAGCCAGUUCUUUAGCAGUGGACAUACCAAUAACUGGGCUGUUUUGGUGUGCACUUCGAGGUUCUGGUUUAACUAUCGGCAUGUGGCCAACACUCUGUCAGUGUACAGGAGCGUCAAGAGGCUAGGGAUCCCUGACAGUCAUAUUGUGCUGAUGUUGGCGGACGACAUGGCCUGUAGUCACAGAAACCCCAAGCCUGCCACGGUCUUCAGCCACAAGAACAUGGAGCUGAAUGUGUAUGGAGAUGACGUAGAGGUGGACUAUCGGGGGUACGAGGUUACCGUGGAGAACUUCCUCCGCGUACUGACUGGGAGGCUGCCACCGAGUACCCCUCGGUCCAAGCGACUGCUCUCCGAUGACCGCAGCAACAUCCUUAUUUAUUUAACCGGUCACGGAGGAAACGGUUUCUUGAAGUUCCAGGAUUCUGAAGAAAUAAGUAACGUGGAGCUGGCCGACGCGUUCGAGCAAAUGUGGCAGAAAAGAAGAUACAACGAGCUGCUGUUCAUCAUCGACACCUGCCAGGGGGCGUCCAUGUACGAGAGAUUCUACUCCCCGAACCUCAUGGCCCUGGCCAGCAGCCAAGUGGGGGAAGACUCGCUCUCGCACCAGCCCGACCUGGCCAUUGGGGUGCACCUGAUGGACAGAUACACCUUCUACCUGCUGGAGUUCCUGGAGGACAUACACCCUGCCAGCCAGGCCAACAUGAACGACCUGUUUAAGGUGUGCCCAAAGAGCCAGUGUGUGUCCACCCCUGGCCACCGUACCGACCUGUUCCAGAGGGAUCCCGGAAGCGUCCUCAUCACCGACUUCUUUGGUAGCGUGCGCAAAGUGGAGCUCACCAUGGAGACCGUCAAUCUGACGUCACCCAUAAUUCCAGAGGAGGAUCAGGGCGUAGCGGGUGGGCAGAGGACUGAGGCCCAGUCGUACGUGGACCAGCUGCCUGUCGCCGAAAUUAUCCACCAGAAACCCAAGCUGAAGGACUGGCACCCCCCGGACGGCUUCAUCCUGGGCCUCUGGACCCUGAUUCUGCUGGUCUUCUUCAAGACCUACGGCAUCAAGCACCUCAAGCACAUCUUCUGAGCCUUCAGGUGCCCCCCGGGGAGGGGGGGGGCGGGGAGGAGGGAACUCACCCCGCUACCGGACUGAUUUUAGUUCCCCGUCCACCCCUCCCCCCAACCCCCCCUUCCUACCAGUCUCGAUGUUUUGAUGGGGAAUACACUUUGGUAAGGUGGCACGAUUGGCAAGGCGGUGGGUGCACUGAUAGACCCUCCCCACAGCAGACGCCAAUGGGACGGGCUUGAAAACGCCCCUUUGCCGGGCCGAGACUUUAGCCGGUCUGAGGUGGCGACACACUCCGCGCCAGCGCUCCUCUUCCUGCGCGCCAGCGCUCCUCUUCCUGCGCGCCUUCGCCUGCGUUCGCUGAAAGGACUCCUCUGAGAGGGAGGCAAUGAAGCGGCAACACCAGCGCCGCUGAAGCCUCAUGCAACCGCCGGCAAACAGAGCUCCGCGGAACAGGCGGGCUCUGCCAGGGAACAGGCGGGCCAUGCCAGGGAACAGGCGGGCUCUGCCAGGGCACAGGCGGGCCAUGCCAGGGAGCUGGUCUACCGCUGGGGAUUUAACCCUCAAAGCUUCACUCAUAAAGGCUCCCCUCGUCACUUGUGUGUAGUUGUCGUUCAACUUUUUAUCUUCCUUCUCGUAAUUUGUUGUCUGCUGUUUCGUGCGCGCCCUGUGCCUCCGUUCUGGGUCGGAAACAACGACCCCCCCCACCCCCGCCCCCUUACCCACUGCACCGGGGAAACGUUCAAAGCUGUAAAUUUCAUUUCGCUGAAAGCUCCCCUUUCUUGCGUAUUUUCCGUGCUGACCUCGCUCCUAAGCGGGAGUGGAACGCACUUGGCGUCGGCCCCGCUCACGGGCGCGGAGAACGGCGCUCCCGCGCUCACCCCCUUUGAUGGAUAAUCCCUUCCACCCGCUCCAGAUUUUCUCCCAUUUGCAAGUCGUCUCCGUGGCCUGAGCGGCCUGUCCGCGGCGUCGCGGGGCGGCGGCGAGCGUGAUGGAUGUCCGGGACGGCGGCGGCGCUCAGCCCCGCUUCGUUAUACCGUCUGUGACAGCUCUGGUAUUGACAAAUUGGAUGAAAAGGCGCUCUCUGGCACCGGUCAGGUUUCCGUCCAGCUCCCAAGCCCAGUUGCUCAAUGAAGGCAUCAACAGGGGGCUACUGCGCCCAUGCCAGUGACUGGCCUGUCUCUCAUUCACAAUUCCUGUACAAAGGUUUUUUUUUUCUUCUCUUCUCUCCUCUCCUCCUCCUCCUUUUUGACAUUUUGCAUGUUGUGUGCUCAGACUGCUGCAGUAUGUAAUGUAUUGAAGCCGAUGCUGAUGAACCUGUCUGGAACUGAGAUGAAAGAUCACAUGAAAGCUGCAUUAAAGAAUACGUUUGACCAUGA